CAAGGCUUCCUGUGAGCCGGCCACCAUGAACUAAAAACUUUCAGGAAACGCCACGCAGACGAGCUGGCCCAGGAAGUCACGCACCGAAGGGUCAUGGAAAUCCCCGACCGGGGUUGCCACCAUGGGUGAGAAGGAAGUGUUCAGCCUAGUAGUAAAACUGACCCAAAGCCAUGCACAAAGCUACCUCCCCAGAGGAAGGCUCGUCCCUUCCCCUCCCCACCGUUUCGUCAUGAACAUGGUUCAAGACAGUGUCUUCCUGUCCAAGCUGUUGAAGAGUGCUGACACCUUUGAGUUGAAGUACGACUUUUCCUGUGAGCUGUACCGCUUGUCCACCUACUCGGCUUUCCCCGCUGGGGUUCCUGUCUCGGAAAGGAGCCUGGCUCGUGCUGGCUUUUAUUACACGGGUGUCAAUGACAAGGUCAAGUGCUUCCGCUGUGGCCUGAUGCUGGACAACUGGAAACAAGGGGACAGCCCUGUUGAAAAGCACAGACAGUUGUACCCCAGCUGCAGCUUUGUUCAGACUCUGAAUCCAGCCGGCCGCCUGGAAGCCAGCCCUCAGACCUCUCUUCCGUCUGCAGUGCCUUCACUAUUUACAAGUUUGGAGAACACUGGCUAUUUCAGCGGCUCUUAUUCAAGCUUCCCCUCAGACCCUGUGAACUUCAGAGCAAAUCAAGAUUGUCCCGCUUUGAGGACAAGUCCUUCCCACUUUGCAAUGAAUACAGAGAAGGCCAGACUACUCACCUAUCAAACAUGGCCGUUGUCCUUUCUGUCACCAGUUGACCUGGCCAAAGCAGGCUUCUACUAUGUGGGACCUGGAGACCGGGUGGCCUGCUUUGCCUGUGGUGGGAAACUGUGCAACUGGGAACCUAAGGAUGAUGCUAUGUCAGAGCACCGGAGACAUUUUCCCAACUGUCCAUUCCUAAAAGAGUCGAGUCAGUCUGCUCCAAGAUACACUGCCUCUAACCUGAGCAUGCAGACACUCACGGCACGUGCGAGAACAUUCUUUAACUGGCCGUCCAGUGCUCUGGUUCAUCCUCAGCAGCUUGCAAGUGCAGGCUUUUAUUAUACAGGACACAGUGAUGAUGUCAAGUGCUUUUGCUGUGAUGGUGGGCUGAGAUGCUGGGAGUCUGGAGAUGACCCCUGGGUGGAGCAUGCCAAGUGGUUUCCAAGCUGUGAAUAUUUGAUAGGAAUCAAAGGACAAGAGUUUGUCGGCCGAGUUCAAGCGGGUUACCCUCAUCUGCUGCAACAGCUACUGUCUACCUCAGACACCCCAGAAGAUGAGAGCGCAGAGUCACCAAUUGUGCAUUUUGGACCUGGCGAAAGUUCAGAAGAUGCGGUCAUGAUGAACACGCCUGUGGUUAAGGCAGCUCUGGAAAUGGGCUUCAGUAGGAGCCUGGUAAGACAGACGGUUCAGCGGCAAAUCCUGGCCACCGGUGAGAACUACAGGACCGUCAGCGACCUUGUGAUAGGUCUGCUGGAUGCAGAAGACGAGAUGAGGGAGGAACAGAAGGGGCAGGCAGCCGAGGACACAGAGUCAGAUGACCUAACAUUAAUCCGGAAGAACAGAAUGAGGCUUUUGCAGCAUUUGUCGUGUGUGACGCCGAUUCUCGACUGUCUUCUGAGUGCUGGGGCAAUCACCGAGCAGGAGCACGACGCUGUGAAACAGAAACCCCAGAGCUUGCGCACAGGAGCACUGAUAGAUACUGUGCUAGCAAAAGGGAAGCCUGUGGCAACCUCGUUCCGAGCUACCCUCCAGGAACGUGACCCCGUGCUAUACAAAGAUUUGUUUGUGCGACAGGACAUUAGGCGUCUCCCCACAGAUGAUAUUACAGCUCUACCAAUGGAAGAACAGUUGCGGAAACUUCAGGAAGAAAGAACGUGUAAAGUGUGUAUGGACAGAGAGGUGUCCAUCGUGUUCAUUCCCUGCGGCCAUCUGGUCGUCUGCAAAGACUGCGCUCCCUCUCUGAGAAAGUGCCCCAUCUGUAGAGGCACCAUCAAGGGCACUGUGCGCACCUAUCUGUCCUGAGGAUCACAGCGGCUACCCCAGUGGGUGGAGUGGGCAGGAGGGGCGGGCUCAAGGCCAGUCUGGACUGCACGAGACACCAUCUCAGAAUAAAUCAGCAAAUACUUAAAAAAUGAAAAACGAGGGGAAGAAGAAAAAAUGGUGCCUAAACUCAAGAAUGAAUGGAUUAGCUAUGUAAUAUUUUAACUAUUAAACUGAUUUCGUUUCCUUAAAAGUGCUAUUUAUCUGCAACUCAGAAUGCCAUUUUCUGUACACAAAUUUAUGUAACACCUGCCUCUAAAGACAUGCAUGUGCACACUCCCAUGCUGGGAGAUAGGCUUCUGUUCUUCUUCCUGAAAAGCAGGAUUGCCUGCAUUCCUGAAAUUCUCAGAGGAGGUUUAUGAUGUUGGCAUUUAUGGUGCAGAAUUUGAAAUCUUUCUGAGUUGCCUUAAGAACUGGGAACACAGAUUUUCCCACUUCUUUUCUAAGUGUUUUAUGCAUGGAAACUCCUGUUAUUUAUUGAAUCACAUUUUAGGGAUAUGAAAUUUUUAUAAAGAAGCUGUUAGGAAAAAUUAAUAAAGCAA